CGGCACACUGGCUGCAUGAUGGCUGAGGGAGGCGGACCCGAGUCGGGCAGCGCGGCAGACUCUGAGUCGGAGCCGGUAGCCGCACAAAUGCCUACCCCUUCAACCGAAAAUCAGAAACAAACUAUUGGGUCACAUUUGAAAGCAAGUCUAAGAAAGGGUGACGAAUGGUAUCUAAUAGACAGCCGGUGGUUCAAACAGUGGAAGAAGUAUGUGGGGUUUGACAGCUGGGAUAUGUACAAUGUUGGAGAACGUAGCCUGUACCCUGGACCAAUCGAUAACUCUGGGCUAUUCUCAGACCAGGAGACUCAGACCCUAAAAGAUCACCUUAUAGAUGAGCUCGACUAUGUCCUUGUACCAAAUGAGGCAUGGAAUAAGCUUGUCAGCUGGUAUGGCUGCCUUGAGGGCCAGAAACCCAUUGUCAGGAAGGUGGUUGAACAUGGCAUGUUUGUGAAGCAUUGCAAGGUGGAAGUCUAUCUGCUUGAGCUGAACUUGUGUGAGAAUGACAACAUGGACAAUGUCAUCACAUGUCAUUUUAGUAAAGCUGAUACUAUAGAUGCAAUAGAGAAGGAGAUGCGUAAGUUAUUCAAUAUCCCUUCAGAAAAGGAGACCCGACUCUGGAACAAAUACAUGAGCAACACCUAUGAGCAGCUGAACAAGCCAGACAGCACUGUACAGGAUGCUGGGCUCUUCCAGGGGCAGGUUCUUGUCAUUGAGCGCAAGAAUGAGGACGGCACGUGGCCCAGACAAGCUUCCCAUUCCAAAUCCAGUGCAACCCCAUCCCGAAAUUUCACCACCUCCCCAAAGCUUUCCUCAAACUCAUCAGUCAGUAUGUCCUCAACAGUAACCAAUGGAGACAGCAGCUGUAGCCCUGGAUACACGCUGAACAACAGCACCUCCUCUAGCAACAGAUUUGGAAGCUACAACUCGUACAGCUCCUCCUACAACUACAGAGAUUCACAAUCACAACCUGGCCUGUGUGGUCUCAGUAAUUUGGGCAAUACUUGCUUCAUGAACUCUGCUCUCCAGUGCCUGAGCAAUGUGUCUCCACUCACAGAAUACUUCCUCAAUGAUCAGUAUGAAGCAGAGAUUAACAGAGAGAACCCGUUGGGAAUGAGGGGUGAGAUUGCUGAGGCCUACGCAGAUCUAGUAAAGCAGAUGUGGAUGAGCCGCAGUAGUUAUGUGGCACCGCGCACCUUUAAAACCCAGGUUGGACGCUUUGCUCCRCAGUUUUCAGGCUACCAGCAACAGGACUCUCAGGAGUUGUUGGCCUUCCUGUUGGACGGGCUUCACGAAGAUUUGAAUCGUGUCAAAAAGAAGCCUUACCUGGCCCUGAGAGAUGCAGAGGGCCGCCCAGAUGAGAUUGUUGCCAAGGAAGCCUGGACGAACCACCGCUUACGCAAUGACUCAAUAAUAGUGGAUAUUUUCCACGGACUUUUCAAAUCAACACUGGUGUGUCCAGAGUGCGCCAAAGUGUCUGUAACCUUUGACCCCUUCUGCUACCUCACGCUGCCUCUCCCAAUGAAAAAGGACCGGACCAUGGAGGUCUUUCUGGUGCGGUCAGACCCUCAGUCUAGACCCACACAGUAUCAAGUGGUGGUCCCCAAACUGGGCACAGUGACAGACCUGUGCAGCGCCUUGUCCAAACUCUGCGGAAUUCCUUCAGAAAAUAUGGUGGUCGCAGAUGUUUACAAUCAUAGGUUUCAUAAAGUUUAUAGACGAGAUGACGGCCUCAACCAAAUCAUGGAAAAAGAUGACAUUUUUGUGUAUGAAGUACAGGAGGAGGACAGUGAAAGGAUGAACCUGCCUGUUUAUUUCAGGGAGCGCCACUCGAAGCAUGUUGGAAGCUCUUCAAGCACCUUACURUUUGGCCAGCCUUUACUCAUCAGCGUACCCCGGCAUAACCUGAUAGCAGAUGUUCUUUAUGACAAGAUCCUGGAGAGAAUUGGGCGAUAUGUAAAACACACACACAGCCCUAACGGUGAAAGCAGGGCGUCUGCAUCUGCCACCUUGUCCAGCUGCAGCCAGGCUCCUGAAUGUUCCACAUCAUCCAGCCUGGGUGGCUGUGGCAGCCCCCAGUCAGAGGGKGCCUCAUGCAGUGCCAGCUCCAGUAAUGGCAGCAACCACUCAGGGACGUGCAGCGAAGCUAACGGGAUCUAUGAUGGAGAAGAGGAAGCCAUGGACCACCAGGUGAGUCCUGAACCAGAGAAUGGCCAAUCGGAGGAAGAGGAGGAGACAUCUGAUUUGGAAAACGGGUCCAGAGGAGAAUCAACAAAGCUCUUCACUUUCAGCAUAGUCAACUCUUACGGAACAGUCAACAUCAGCCCGCUGCCUUGUGAUGGAAACGUCCUCAAACUUAACCCACACUCUACUGUGGCGAUCGACUGGGACACAGAGUCAAAGAAACUGUGUUAUGAUGAGCAUGAAGCAGAGGCCUAUGAGAAACACGAGAGCAUGUUGCAGCCUCAAAAAAAGAAAACCACUGUGGCUCUGAGGGAAUGCAUCGAGCUCUUUACGACAAUGGAGACUCUGGGAGAACAUGACCCCUGGUAUUGUCCAACAUGUAAAAAACAUCAACAGGCCACAAAAAAGUUUGACUUGUGGACGCUGCCUCGCAUUCUGGUUGUUCACCUAAAGCGUUUCUCCUACAACCGAUGUUGGAGGGACAAGCUGGACACACUGGUGGAUUUUCCCAUUGGGGAUCUAAACAUGUCAGAGUUUGUUUGUGACCCAAAGGCGGGCCCUUACAUCUACGACCUCAUCGCAGUUUCAAACCACUAUGGAGGAAUGGGAGGCGGUCACUACACGGCUUAUGGAAAGAACAAAGUGGAUGAAAAGUGGUAUUACUUUGAUGACAGCAGUGUCUCGUCCGCCUCCGAGGACCAGAUCGUGACUAAAGCCGCCUACGUGCUGUUCUAUCAGCGCAGAGACGAGGAAAGCCCCUCCAAAGCUCAGUCUUCAGCCUCGUUGGGAGGAGCCCCCGAAUCAGCCGAUGACCACAUGGACACAAAUUGAGGAGCUCCCGACACACACACAAACACACACACAUGCACUGAAAAGCAUAUGGCAAACGGACACUUGGAAAUGCACACAAAAUGCUUCUUUUGUGACUGAGGACUCCACAGACUUAUUAAUCCCUCCUCUCCUGCAUUUUAUUUGAUUUUUGUCUCGUAUGUUUUUGGCUUGAGCCAACAGCCUUGUCUGAAGAGUGAACUGGGAGCCUUUCUCUCUGCGGCGGGUGGCCUGUUGAUUUCUGGACAGAAUUUAAUAGUCUGGAGCAAAGAGGAAUUUAAAUAAAUAUAGAUCCUCUUGCUGGAUGACCGAAUGUUAAGUGCCCUCAAAAUGUGUAGAUAAGCAAAUGUUUUUGUUGCCCAUAAGAAGAAGAAGAAAAAAGAAUCAAUUAUUAAAGAAAGAAAAAGCCAAAUGCUCAUAUUGUUUGAACCAAAGCAUUUCUAAGUAUUUAUGAAACAAAGCAGACAUUAGAAGAUCCUGUUCUAAAUUUAUUGCGAUUAUUCUUGCUGUCUGGGUGUAUAUGCAAACUUAACAAAGAGAUAUGCACACAGAAUGAUAAAUACCACUCUGAUAAGAAGACUGCAACCUGGUUUUAGGUGGAUCCAUGGGGUUUGUGCUGCUUCAGAUUAGCUGUGGCAGCUUUGCUCCAGGCCUGCUGGUUCUGUGUGGCAAUCUUAAACUCUUCUUUUCAAGGUUCGGAACAUCAUCCGUCAAAGCUGUUCUGGCCUUGUUCUUAUUUAUUUUUUCUCCUAAAUUCGCAGCCUUGGCUACACUGUCUCUGAUGCCCUAAAUGAAGAGUUCUACCCUGCUAACAUUUUUCUUUUAAUGUUUUGUAAUGAGUGGCGUUGGGGAAGAAGCGGCCUUUCUCUUCCUGCAUCCUGACAAAAUAAGAUCCUUUCAAACCUUCACGAGAACACGACCCACCUGCCUGUAGUGCAGCUAGCCGUAGCAGGAGUGUGUGGUGUGGCUGUAGCAUUAAUGGUUCUGGUCCGUCGUACACCUGACGGGUCGUUUCACCGUCUUUUAAAGGAGACAUCGAUUGCUGCCUGAUUAGAUCCAUAGCUGUGCUGCAAUAGCUUGUCCUCAUUAGUUGUGUACAUUCAUGCAGCUCUGUACUGAAAUGGCUGUUAUUUGAUAUUUUCGAAGCACAUUGAGUGAAAUGAAAUAAACUAGAAUAAAAGUGGUGCUUUAUUCAUGUAACUUGAACUUUCUCCUGAUGAUGAGGAACGGCGGAGGCAUUACUCCCACAAUGUCAGCAACUUGAACUACUCCACAGCUGUUGAGUGAAUCUAAUUUAUUUCUGGUGAUUUACAAAAACAGCCCUUUUUAUUUUAUCUUUACAGGCAUACAUUGAUGUAGAAGAAAAAACUGUCAAUGCAAUCAACCGAGAAAGUGAGUUUUCUUGUGCUGAAUGUGAAAGAUUUGGUAAAAGCAGAUGGAAUUUAAAACACAAGUAUCUACUUUUAUAAAGUCUUGAUCUGUGGCAUCGUUGCCCAGUGACAUGUUGGGUCUGUCUGCUGGUCUACAGCUGAUUGCCAAAAUAUAAUCUUUAAUGUCCUUUAUUAGGAAAGUGUUAUAUCUUUAAUCAUAGUCUCUGUUCAAAGGCAGAUUUACCAAAAGCAGAAACUUCUGACAGCAAUUCAAGAUGUGACAAUUAACCCAGCAGAUGUAAAAUAAGAAUCAUUUGAUUUGAAACAGGUGUACAAAUUCUUGUCCACAUAUUUAUCCAGUUUGUUUUUAAAUGAGAAAGUAUUUAAAUCCAUAUUACAAUAAAGACUGGAAGCCUCAA